AUGUUCAGUGAUAGUGAAAUUGCAGUGAAUUAUUCAAUGAGCGAGUCAAAAUUCAGCUAUGCCACAACAUUUGAACUUGGCCCAUAUUUCACCAGGAAACUAUUAUACGACGUGGAGCAAUCACCAGCCCAUGCACUGUUAUUUGAUGAGUCACUAACUGAGGAGGUACAGAGCAAGCAACUGGAUGUGCAUGUGCAGUUUUGGUCAAGUGAAAAUUGCAGAGUGGAGUCGUAGUAUCUCACAUCCUUGUCCAUAUGCCACGGUAGAACACACGACACGACAUCCUCAAUCACUAUGAAGAGACCACGAACGACCUGGACCCAGCAAAGACAUGGAACAUUGGUAUGGAUGGCCCAAAUGUAAAUCUUGCAUUCUCAUGAGGAGUUGAACUUGCGUUCAUUGUUAUAUGAAACAUACCAGCAUGAAGGCAUUUUCUUGGGUGUAUUUGUCCAUGACCACACUUGUUGAAAAGGAGAUCAUCAAGGGAAGAGUGCUUGUUAAUAAUGUGACUUACGAAAGACUUAAACUUUGUCCAAAUCACUUUCCCAUUGCCGCUAAAGGUACUGGUUGCACUCCAAUACAAAUGGUUGUCGCACAGCUUUAUCCAUUCAGCCAAAAUCUCACAACCUUUCUCUUUAGACAGCUUGCUCAGGACCUUUCUUAUUUCUACAUGUACACAAAAAAAUUAGGGAAGCAAACAUUACAACCAUUAAGUUUAAAUUGUACAUUUACUGGUAGUUUAUAUUCAUUAUGGCAUGUAAAGAUUUUAUUCACCACACAGGUACAUAGUUAACAUUUCAGUCAGCUGGGUGGUUUUUCAAAGAUUGGUGUUAAUGAAGGACAUUGAGUGGUUUAAUGCUUUCAACAAUAAUAUCAAUUUUUUAUUACAUGUUCAAAAUAAUUCACCUGAAUAAACAUACAAGUUUGUAGUUUCAGUAAGGCCUGCCAGUUUUGUUGGAGAAUGUAAAUCUGCAAAGAAAUCACUAAACUGUGAAAAAUUACAGGUUUACACAUUUACUUUAUUAGAGGAUACUUACUGUUCUUCAAAUGCUAUAUGUCAAAGUAAUGGGCAGUGUUGCUCAGCACCUGCUUCAUGUAGCUUGUAAUGGUGGUGUGGUAAUCAGAGAUGAAUGUGGUUAUCAAAACCACACAGCCCAACAGAAAUUCCAUGCAUUGCUUGAAGCCCAUGAAUUCCAUGGCAGGACUGCUUCCUGGCUGGUUUCUCUGUGAAUAAUAAUAAGAAAAAAAGUUCGUCGAAGUCAUACCCACCCGCUGGUAUCACUAGAGUGAACUAAAAUUAGCACUCUUUGGGGAGCAAGGGUGGCACAGUGGUGAGAGCACUCGCUUCCCACCAAUGUGACCCGGGUUCAACUCCCGGCGUCGACACCAUAUCUGGGUUGAGUUUGUUGUUGGUUCUCUCCCUUGCUCCAAGAGGUUUUUCUCCGGGUACUCCGGUUUUCCCCUCUCCACAAAAACCAACAUUUCCAAAUUCCAAUUCGACCAGGAAUCAGGCAGACGAAUAACCACUAUGUGGAUGUGCUAACUGCGAAUCGUUAUUUAUUUAUUUAUUUAUUUAUAUAAUCCCAUCAGCAGUGGUGACGUAAAAUAAAGCUAACACUGGCCGUGAAAUUCACUAACAUUUGAAGAAUAAACCAUGAGUUUUCCCUCUAUCUGAAUAAGGGCAAAGUGGACCAUCAUUGGCAGAGUACAACAACACAUAGCUCCAAACUUGGCACUAUGUCCCAUCCUGUCGUGUCUCCAUCUCCCACUAACACAAUGCCCCUUUGGAUAGCUUUCACCUUUUCCAACUAUUUCGCUUGAUAUUUUACCCAAUACAGUGAAAGUGUUGGAAAGAGCUUGCUCUGAAGAAAAGAUUGGAAAUGAAAAAAUAUUAAGAAAUAAUAAUAAUAAUAAUAAGAUUAGUUUAUGUACAUACAGUUUUGUAAAGCAUGCAGCAGCUUUUUGCUCAAUAUCUUUUCAGAUAGCACAAUAACAAUACAUUACGUUAUCAUUUACCUACUGCAUGGUACCUGUAAUUUUUUUUAAUUUGAAUCAAUACCUUUAAUAAUAUUAUUUACAUCUGUAGUGUGGAACUAAUUUGCACUUUAGUUAAGCUGUACCACAAGAUUCAUUUAUAUCAUUGCCUGCAAUUAUCUGGAACUCGUGACCAGCACCGAAAUAGGCUUACCCUUUGGAAUUUAAAGAAGGUGUUGAGGGACACACAGCCAAGACCCAUGUGUGAGAAAAUCCACAACACUUUUGUAGCAGAGUCUCCAGCAAAGGGAACCCAAACGCUGUAUUAGCUAAUUAAAUAAUAAGGUGCGUUUACCUUUGUUCCUGUGUCUUUAUGAGUCGUUUUGGAAGGGAUUUGUAUCAGAUCAGAGACGGUUAACAUUGCUGGUCAUCAAGAUGUGUUUGCUUGUCUGGCAUGUUGUAAAUAAGACGCUCGAGUUUCAUCUCACGUUUUUAAUGUUGUUAACUAUUAACUCUCCUCUAACGGCCACGAGAAGAGAAAGGAGACAAGGAAUGAAACUUUAAUGAGGGCACUUUUAUUUUGAGAUGUAAUUACCUUGUUAAUGAACACCAUUGGCUAGAAUCCACCACCUGGUGUAUGUUUGUCGUGUAGAAAUAUAGAGUAUUUGCAAAAGACUAGUAGCGCUAGUGCUUGUUGGAUUCUAUCGAUUUUGAUUCUGUAUGGUGUUUGUGAAGAGUAACGAGAAGGAAGAGGGUGAAUUAAAGAAAAUGUAACGUACAUUGAAGAUGUAAAUUUACUUCUGUCUUUUGAAGCCUGUCAAUUCAUUUCAACUUUUCAUAGUAAGCCUGUUGAAUUCAUAAAUCAUGACUCAUCGGUUUCUGGUAUCUCUCUCUUUUAGGGCUUUAAACUACGAGCAACAAUCAGCUAAGGAAAUUGUCCAAGAGGGAAUAGGUAUUAACGGUAAAACAGGGACAGGAAAACUUUUUUGUUAUCACAUAUUUAUGAUAGUUUGAAGACUGCAGUUAACAAAACUGUUUCACUUACGUGCACAACCAGGAUUGCUGGCAAAAGUUUACUGCCUCGACUUCAGGCUUCAACCAUUUAUUCAUUUGCAGGAAUAAAGGAUGGCAGGAGGUCAUUGAGCCAACUACUUGAUCGCAUUGACGGUAAUCCAGAAGCCAAAGAUAGAUGGAGGAGAAAUGAUAUUCUUGUCAUUGACGAGGUGUGUAUGUUAAGUGAGAAAAUAUUUAAUUCUACUGAAUAUAUCUCACGUAAGGUACGUCAAGAAACCAGACCAUUCGGUGGAAUGCAAGUCAUUGCUUCGGGGGAUUCUUUUCAGUUGCCACCUGUACCUAGAUAUGACAAUGAAGGAAAGUUUGCUUUCCAGAUCAAGCUGUGGGGUGUCGUGUUUCCCCUCACAUCUCCUGAAAACAGUGCAACGUCAAAGGGAGCCAAAGUUCAUAGAUUUUGUCAAUGAGAUUUGACUUGGUUCUUAUAGCCAGACCAGUAGACAGUUGCAGAUACUCUCUUGGGGAGAGUAAAUCCCAAGGAUUUCAGCUCAGACUACAUUUACCAGAUUUAUGCCACAAACGAUGAAGUCAAUUUUUCCAAUUUUAUUCAACUUGAGACUAUGGAUAGCGAACUUCAAACCUGGAGAGCUGUAGACAUUGGUGAUAAAAACAUCCUUAAUAGGUGAAUAUAUUAAUUUCGCAAGUAUUUUACUAUAUAGGCUUAAAAUCAUCACGUCAUCAUUUUGUCGUGGCACAAAAUUUCCCACGUCUACCUGCAUAACUAAAUUUGUGCCCAUACUCUUCAUGACACCAAUUUUCAAGAUGGCAAUCAGAGUCAAUGGUUCAGGCUUGCUAUUGUGAUUUAUAUUUGAGGUAGCUUAGCCGUUUAACUCAUACUAUGUAUUCAGUAGUUCUAUUACCUUAUCGAGUACAUAUGGUAUUUCAGUUGAAGUUAUUUUAUAAUUUAUCCCAGUUUCAUUUGGAAUUGUUGUGUUCAGUUACUUGAAUACGACAGUACAUGUACAUUACAUUUUACUGUGUACAAAGCCUUUCUUGGGACUACAGUAAUGCACUUCACCUUAUCUACAACGCAUGCAACAGAUAAUUAAACUGCAAUAUUAUUAUACCAAUCUUGAAGGGAUAACAAUUGGUGUGAAAUUUGUAGAUCAAUUAACACGUGGGCAGUUAGAUUGGAAUUGUUUUACCUGAACAACUGUUAAGGUCUUCUAUUCAUUUUGCCCAGACUAAUAUCAGCGUUUUAAAACAGCACUAGUUAGUUUUGUAAUGAAUGCAUUUUACUCACGAUAGAUGCUGUCAUUUUUCAAUCAAUUCUUCAGAAAUUUAAUGAUGCCUGAAAACUAAAGAAGGUUGCUCGAGUGAUAUUACUUACCAAUCACAGUAAGGACCUGGUCAAUGGCUACAUGGGAGUUGUCAACGAAUUUAACCGUCAAAGGUUUCCCGUGGUCCAGUUUGAUGAUAGCAUCAAUUUGACUGUUGAACCUAAAACAUUGACAGUUGCAGACAAAUGACCCGAGCAAGAUUGUUGCUUAGAGAACUUAACUGCCUCUCAAGCUUGCAUGGGUAAUCACUGCCCACAAAUCCCAAGGUAUGUCCCUUCCUUGUGUUGAAGUGCACUGUGGCAAUCAGUUUACUAGUUGGCAGCUCUAUGUGUCACUAUCAAGAGCAAAGGAAUGUAAGGGUCUUUCACUUGUUGGUUUCUCAAAAGCAAGAUUAAUACCCCCCCCCCCAAAGUUGUUUUUGACUUCUACUCGAAAUUGGAGGGGGUGACGAGAUUGCUCUGUCUGGCUUGUGCUGUAUCAAUGCUAAUAUUCUAAAUGAAGUCCUGGAGAGGCCAAAGGACACAGAAGAUGUUACAUGUAGUUUGGAAUAUAUUGAUGCUAAAGACGAUGAUCUAACUUUUAGCCUUAGAUAGUUGUGUAGCUACAAUCAGGGACAAAAGUAGUUGACACACUUGUUUAAAACGGGUGCUUUUAACAAACAUUUAAUUCAUUUAUUAUUCCAUUCUUUUUAAACUCCGUAAAUCCCCUCACCCCCCAAAUCAAUGUUGUCUGAAGUAAAAAAAAGACUUGAGGGUCCAAAAUUCAACAUUGAUUUUGGGGGGGAAGGGGUUGGGGUAGACAGGGGAAGGGGAUAAGUAUAUCCACUAUGCAAAAAGGGGCCAUUUUAUGGAAGUGUGUCAACACUUUUGUCCCUCAUUGUAGAUACUUUGAAAGCUCCAACAGUAAUGAAUCCGAAGAGUCUUGUUUGUUAGAUCUCGCAUUCUAGGUGGUGUAGAUUGCAGUGAUGACGUGGCAAAGCCAGGAGAUGAUUUUGACUUGCAUUUAGCAUCACACACGCAUUAUGCAGCAUUACAGACAUUCUUCAGUAUUAAGUGGAAUAGAAUAUAUGAGAACAUUAAGAAAUGUGUGCUUUUGCACAAGGAUCGGCAGAUUGAAUGAAAGAAUUUUGCCUCUCUGUUCGGAGAGCUGCACUUGUUAUGUGCAAGUGACGUUGUCUCAACAGAGUUUGCCAUUGUUCUUUGCCUGGAGACCACAGAGCUCAGAAUACAUUACUGCACAAUUACAGAGAUCCUGAGUGGAACCAACUCUACUAUUAUUAGCAAAAUUAAGGAGGUUAGUGAUCCAGAAGAAUCACCCUCUAUGGUGUUUUGCAGCAUUGCUGACCUCCCAGCUGAAAGUAGGGGGAAAAUCCGGCAUUGUAUGGGUCAGGCAGUGUUAAGAGAACGUAAAAAAAUGAGAAAGGAAUUUAGAAGACACGUUUAUACAGAAGAUGUCAAAAUUGCGCUCUUUGACAAAAAAAGAUUUUCAGAAAAAGCAGCUUAUUUGUUCCCUGUCCUGGUCAUCGGAAGCUGCCCACAUGGAUUCACAAUUUCAUGA